AUGGGCUGUACUCUUUCUGUACCCGAGUUAGUUGGUAGCGGAACCUACUACGUCGACCCAGCAGGUGCAGGUGCUGGAGAUGCCUUUGGCGUGCCCGCUAUCUUCACGACUGGGUUUUUCACCUGCAGCGGCGGUCCUCCAUUAACCCCAGUAGUAACCCAAACCGUCUCAGGAACCACAUCAAUCUACACCUGCAACUCCUUCAACGCUGGGAUAGACACCUCACUCCUCUGCCCCGGUCUGACCCGAUCUUCCAUGACCGGAGAGUACGACAUGUCGUUCACCGCGCCUCUAGGUGGCGCCUAUACUGUCCUUGAUUCUCGACAAUGGGUUGUUAUCCAAAUCGCGGACGAACAAGUAACCGAUGGAACAACGUUUACGACAAACGCCUAUAAAACGGUCCUCGGUGGACCUACGACUGUGACACAGACUACUACUAUUGAUGAUAAUCCGGAUACGGCCACUGUGACACACACUAGUUAUGGGAGAACUAGACAUGUUGAUGUGCCGGUUACUUCAUAUACCACCGAGAUCGUCACCAAGACGACUAGCGCCAAGACUUGCGGAACUCCAACUGCUGCACGCCGCCGUAUUCGUGGUGCAUCCCCUGUCGAACCAGCGGCAGAGCCGGUUGAGUUGGUUAAGCGUCAAGCUGGAUAUCGUGGGUUCGACGGAACUCUUGGUCCAGACAGUACUCUUACCCUCUACUCUACCGUGGUUUAUGAGCCAAAUUACGUCUGGGGAACCGUCACUGUUCCAACUGCAACUGAAACCACUAUUUUCACCGUGAAUGGCAGUGGAGAAACGCUUACGUUGACCUCUACUACAAGAGUACAUGAUGCAACCACCGAGUAUACUACGAUCUCCAAAACCAAGACUGAAAAGAGCACUACCACCGUCACCAAGUACCCAACUACUUGUCCAUUCUUGUCAUCAUAG